AUGCCUGCGCCUGUAGUUAUGAUAAAAAGGAAUACUGAUGCCAAAAUCUCGGAUGUUAUUAGAAAUGGUUGUUGGUCUUUCCCGGAUGCAAUGGAUGAUGUUACUCUUCAUGCUUGGGAGUUCAUUCAAAGAAAUUUUGUUAUCAUUGAUUUAGAUAAAGACAAGAUUAUUUUUAAGCUAGUUAAAAAUGAUAUGUUCUCCAUUAAAGCUGCUUGGAAUUUCUUGUCCCCAGAAGUUCACCACGUCUCUUGGUAUGCACUUCUCUGGAAACCUCCUGUUGUUCCUAGACAUAGUUUCAUCACCUGGUUGGCUAUUCAUAAUGGAUUGAAAACAAGAGACAAACUGUUUAGAUGGGGCUCUGUUCCUAAUCCUAACUGUGUGUUAUGCAAUGGUGCUGUUGAGACAGUAAAGCAUUUAUUCUUUGAUUGUCCUUUCUCUUGUGAUGUUUGGAAGAGAGUUCUCUUGGCUUGCAGAAUUAAUAGAGGUCCUCUGAGGUUGUGCAGAGAAGUUAGCUGGUUCACCAGGAAUCGUUGUGGCAGAAAUAUUAGACAUAGAUUGAGUCGCAUAGCUUUUUGUUCUUCAGUUUAUUGUAUUUGGCAGGAAAGAAAUAGAAUUAUUUUUAAAGAUAUUACUCCUAGCCAAGAGGAUGUUUUUAGUAAAAUUAGUCUUGUACUGCUGUGUAAAUUUCAGGGAAGGGUAGCUGCUUCUAAUUUUGGUGGCUGGUUGUAG